AUGCAUGUCAUCACAAGGUGUGGCCCUGCAAAAGAGGUGGGGGAUUUAGUUAGUAUUGGUUGCCCUUCAAUUUUUAAUACUGAUGAUAUAUGGGCUUGGUUUGACUUUGUUUUUAAGCACGGAAGUAAUUAUACCUGCAAAGUUAUAGCGAUCACAGUUUGGGCAAUUUGGCAUGCUCGAAACAAGCAGGUCAUGGAAGGCAAGCAACAAACAGCUCAAGAUAUCAGAAUCAUAGUGGCUAGUCUAGUACGGGAGCUUGAUGAGAUAAAUCGGAAAUUACCUGACCAGAGAGAGACCAUGAAAACUCACUGGAAACCUCCACAGGACCCAAACGUAAAAGUGAACUUUGAUGCAGCGUUCAAACUGCAAAUACACCAAUCGUGCUCUGGGUUCGUUAUCAGAAAUGAGAUAGGAUUAAUAUUGGGCAGUGGUGCAGUCAAGAAUGAUUAUAUCUCAUACUCUUUUUCUGCUGAAGCUAUAGCAUGUAUCCAAGCUCUAAAGUUUGCGGAGGAGAUGGGAUUUAGACAGAUUGAAGCGGAGGGCGAUUCCCGAACGACAAUCAUGAUAAUCAACCAAGGCGUAGUAGACAGAUCUACCAUGGGUGUCUAUAUUGAAGAGAUUAAAGCUAUGGCAACAAGUUUUCAAAGGAUUUCGUUCAAACAUGUUGACAGAAAGGCUAAUGGUGUAGGUCAUAUAAUCGCCCAAGAGAGAUUUAAUUUAACUGAAAAUACGUUUUGGGUUGAGGAGGUACCUGUAGCGGCGGUCGAAGCGGUGAAUUGGGAUAAUCAGAUUCCGACUCCUCCAGAUUGA